UGGAGGUGGAGGAGGAGGAGGAAAAGGUGGAAUUGGAAGGGUCGACGGAAGGAGGAAAAGAAAGAAGGAUCGUAAUAAUGAGGAGCUCUGAGAAAAGAAACUACGAAAAGGGUGCGGGAGAAGGUUGGUUGGUUGGUUAGAAGGAAGGAAGGAAAAGGAGAGGGUCUUUUCUCGGGAAACGAUCAGUCAGUGUAGUGGUUCAGCGAGAAGGACGAGGACGCGUCCUUGGUGUUUGUUGGUUGAGGUGUAUUCAUUGAGAGAGGGUAGAUUCAUCACUGUCCAAUAGUAAAGUAACAAUACCAACACACAACCAACAACGAUAGUAGCCACCAUCUAAAAACGACACAACGACUACGACGACAACAACAAAGAGGAUCGUUCAAAGAGAGGAAGAGAGAGAGAGAGAGGAAGAGGAGUAAUAAGUGGUGAGACGAGGUGAGGGGGUUAAGAAGAGGAAAGAGUUGGACAGUAGUAAGGAGAGAGUCUCGAGCGUAUAGAGAGAAGAGAGAGAGAGACCGAAUCGAGCCGGGCCGAACCGAGCCGCGCCGAGAGUAGCGUAAAGGCCAAGUCGAGCCGUGCCGAGCUGGGCCGAGCUGAGCCGAAGGUUAUAUACCGGUGUCAGGCUGCAUGAGCAGGCGCGCGCGUCCUAUCCUCUUGCGCGCGUCCAGCCGAGCGAGCGAGUGAGCGAGCAAGCAAGCAAGUAAGCAAAUAAGUAAGCAAGCAAACGAACGGGCAAGUAAGCAAGCAAACGAACGGGCAAGCAAGCAAGUAAGUAAACGAACGAACGAACAAAAGUGUAAAGGAGCGCAAUCAUUGACCACAGCAAGUGUAUCCAAGAUCAUAAGAGGAGGACGUAAUCGAAAGACAGAUAGAUAGAAAGAAAGAGAGAAAAACGAGACAAGAAGGAGGAAGGCAGGCAAGCAGGCACGCAAACAGAGAUAAGAAUUGGAAUUAGUAGAAGAAGCAGAAGUGUGAUUUCUUUCUCGUCAUAGAGCUUGUGUGCGCGUCUGAUCGCGGCUGAUCACGGCUGAUUCGCGCGCACGCUCUCCUAGCCGGCCGUGUAUGGACGUCGUCACGCAUGGUGCACGCACCGAGGAGGACAAGGCUCAAGCCCUGGAAUCCGGCUCUCGUUUACGUUCCUCUGCUCGUCUUGGUUAUCUCAACUCUUCUUCGUCGGCUAGUUUAUCUUCAUCUUCUGCGGCAGCAGCAGCAGGAACAGGAGGAACAGCAGGAAAUACUACUAACACUACUACAACCACCACCACCGCUACCACUACUGCCACUACCACCUGCCGAACAUCAAGCAAACGUAAAAGGAAGAGGAGGAGGCGUCAACAACGAACCAACAACACCAACGACAACGAUAAUAACGAAAACAACGACAUUGACGAAGUCGACGGUCUUCAAACCGUCCUCGAAUCCUCAUCUUCCUCAACAUCCCGUACUCAUACUAAUUCGUCUAUCCUUAUCGAGGAUAAUCUUUUAUCAUCACCUAGUGGAAAUAACGCAAACACCGGUGGUAGUGGUGGUGGUGGUACAAGUGCAACCACUGCUGGAUCUUCUUCGAUUGGUAGAAGAAACGACGAAGGAACAUCCCGCCAUCGACACAAUCACAACAACAACAACAACAACAACAACAACAGUAAUUACAGCAGUAACCACCACCGUCAGCAGCAACGAAUCGAGGAUUACAACGAUAAUACGGCUACUGGCGGUGGUGGUGGUAGUGGAACCCGUGGCGAAGUUGAAGAAGAAUACAACAAUAACAAUCGCCAUCACGAGGAAGAAGAAGAAGACGAGGAAUUGGUGGGCGGGGAAAGAUCGAACGAGAGGAAUCAUCGAAAUACAGGAAACAGCUCAUCCCCUACUACUACUACUAAUAUCACUACUACGACAACGACACUGCGUAACGGUGGAAAUAACAGCAACACUCGUGCAGCAGCUUCUUCAACUGCUGCUGCUACUGCUUCUACUGCUGCUGCUUCUGCGGCCGCAUCUUCUUCCUCUUCCGUACCUUCACUCGCCGACAUCACGUUUCUCAAUCGAAGAACGGCCAAACGAUCGGCCAGGAGAUGUAACAAUACGAGCGGUCGCAGGAACGCGAUGACAAUGGAUCUCCAGAGGCUGAUCAAUGAGGUGCACGCUAGACCGGCUAUCUGGGAUCAAAAGAACGUUAACUAUCAUAAUCGCGACGUCAUACUGAAGAUGUGGCGGGAGAUCGCGAGAGCCUGUGAAGUUUCCACCGACGUCGCGAAAUCGAAAUGGAAGCAUCUAAGAGAUAACUUUAGGAACGAGUUGAAGAAGACUUAUCGUGGAAAAUGUGAUGGGAGUUUAAGUGGUGGUAACGAGCACGAUUCCAAGUGGGUAUGGUUUAGGAGCCUAUUCUUCUUGAGGGAACAAAUGAAUUCUCGGGUUAUUGGAUGUGCCCUAAAUCAAAAUUGUACGGCAUUACGUUCAUCCCCCGAUGGUACACAGAUCGAGCCACAAAUAGACAUACUUGAGGGUCACGAGGAAACCCAAUUUGACGAUCUCGAUGGUGACUCUUGUCAAUCUUUGUUAUCAAAUGACGAUGGUCUGCAUCACGUGAUGCCACCACCUAAAAUGAAUAAAAUAGGAAGGAAAAGAAUUCUUAUGGAAGCUAUGGACAAUGACUAUUCCGAAAUGGAUAGGAAAAGGUACGAAGUAUUGCAAAAAAGAUUGAUUCUCAAUCAGGAGGAGGAAGAUGACACUUAUCACUUUUUAAUGAGCGUUAAAAAUCCAUUGAAAAGUCUUCCCCUUGAUAGACAAAUGUUUGUCAGGUUAAAAAUCCAAGAAAUUGUUUACAACGAGAUCAAUUCGCAAAAUCAUCAAAUUCGUAGCUACGAUAAUUCGCAAGAUGUUAAACCAUUAAAAUCUCAGAACGAUAAUGGUAACGAGAGUACCGGUAAUAAUGGAAAUAACGGAGAUGUUGUCAGCGAUAUGUCGAAUCCAGCAUCGUUACUACAAAAUUGUGCUACCGAGGGUUCCAGUGAUGACGCCUUCUUCGGUUAAAAAUUUAUUUAUAUGUUUAUGUUAUUGAACUUGUAAGAACGAUAAUUUUAUUAAUAGAGAA